UCUUUCCUCUUGCGGCUUCAGAAGAGGAGACAAGACGCUGGGAAGCAGAACCACAAGCAAGAAAGUAACACGGCUGUGGCUGUGUGACAAGGAAAUCCCUUAAAAAUGAAAAAGUUCACGCUGUUCGAUUUUGUAAAUGAUAAUUCGCUACAAAUCGGAGAGACUUCAUGGAUUCAGGAUCUUCCCAAUGACGACAGAGAACUAGAAGGACUCCUGAAACCAAAUGAGCAGGUGCUAGUUAACUGGCCUGUGGGAGAAAGGAAGACAGAGAAACAUUUAGUAAAAGUAGUGUACAUGAGUGAUGACCCUCAAGAGCUAGUUGAGAUGAUGCCAAAGAUAUUGCAGGCAGAUGAAAUUACAAAAAUACAAGUUGUUGGAAAAGGCAAGAGGAAGAGGAUUGAGAUGAUAUUCUCAGAGAGUGAAGAUAGUGACCUGGACAAAGGGCAGGGGAAAAUGAUGAAGAGUAUAAAAAGAAAGAAAUCAUUACAGGCCUCUGCCUCUGCCAACAUCCUGAGUCAACUUGAAACAUCUUUAAUUAAUAAACAGAGAGAACCAUAUUCUGGAAAUGCCUUUCUGUACAGCGAAAGCAGCAGUGAUGAUGAGGAGCCCUUGUUUCAGUUGUCCAAAGUGGAACUAUGUGCCAAAAUAAAAAGUCUGAAAAGGAAACUGACAGACACUAUGAGAGAAAACUGUCGCCUACGGCAGUCACUGGUCAUGCUUCAAGUGUUGCCACAGGCAGUCACACAUUUUGAGGAACUGGUAGGUAUGGCUGAGGCCCUGCUCAAGGGGGGAGUGACCACAUCUGCCUCCAGUAUUCAUUCACACACCGUCUGGAAAGCAUCAAACAGUUCUUUAUCAGAUUCAUAUGCAACUAUCCACAGUAACUCCAAUUCACCGAUCGCAUUGAACGUGGAGGAAGAGGAGCAACAGCCUGAGAAACAGUUCAAGAUUGAAAAAUGGCAGAUUGCCCUUUGUAACAAGAGCAAGCCUCAAAAGUUUAUAAAUGAUUUGAUGCAAGCCCUUUAUACACACGAGUACAUGGCCACGCAUAGUCUGACAGGUGCAAAAUCCUCCUCUUCAAAGGAUAAAGCAGCAAAACCAGCAAUGAAUCAAAAUGAAGUUCAGGAAAUCAUAGGAAUCACAAAACAGUUAUUUCCAAAUACAGAUGAUGCUUUGAUUCGGAGAAUGAUGGGGCAAAAGCUAAACAAUUGCACCAAGAAACCAAUUAUAAGCAAAGAUCUUAAUUCAAUUGUUUUUCAAAAGCAUAGCUUUUGUGGUUCGCCAGCUCCUCCGCCCAGUACUCAGGACACAACCGCAUCGGCUCCUGUUUCCAGCGCACAAGAUCAGCAGGAUGACGACUCACCGGCUCCUCCCACAGCAGUUGAGCAUGGCGACAGCUCUCUGGCUCCUCCUCCUCCCAGCACACAAGCUCAUCAAGGUGGUGUCACACCAACUUCUUCCAGCAUGGAGUCUCAAAGCAGAAACUCAUUGGCUCCUAUUCCCAACCAGGGCUGCAGACAGGAUUUCAGGAGCUCCAACAAGAAGUAAAAGUGGAUCCUUCAUAGCGGUUCAGCCAGACACUGGAGGAUGGGGACAGUGGAAAAUGGGCAGGAAGAAGUGACACUUAAUAGUGUGUUCAGAACCUAGCAACAGUUGGCAAAGAUACUGGAAGAGGAAUAGAGGUCUGGGACUAAUUUUUUGAUUUGUAAUGAAAAUCCCACAGUGUAGAAGAAAAAUUCAAAAUGCGUCAAUAUCUUCAGAUUUAUGAUAUUAUAAAAUACAUGCAUGCCCUACUGUAGUUCAGAAUGGAUUAUAACUUGUUCCAAAAUAAUACAAAUGUUCUUUAUAACCAGAUAAUAGACACACUAUUUAAGAUAAUGGCAAAAAUAAAACCACAAGGAGCUUCACAGCCCAGACCAAACACCCAUCUAUACAUUUGAGAGAGAGAUCUUUAGUCUUCUAGACAGAAGAAGGUUCUUUACUAUAAUCCAAGGGAUCCAGAGAGGUUUGAAACAAGGACAGAGAGUGUUAUGAUGCAGAUAGUGUUAGCCUUCAGAGGGAUGGAAAAACAGGGACUCAAGGACCCAGAUCUACAGAGACUAGGCACCUAAACCCCAAAGGGGUUCCCUUUCUUGAUCCAGGCCAAGGAUACUGUUGGGUCAGCAGGGAGUGCUUCUCAAAGGAGCUUCUGUUUUUGCCCUAAUAAAUAAAUAAAGGGAGUGGCGGAGAAGAGGGAGCUAAGGCUCACUUUUAUCUCUAAGGAGUUGGGAAGAGGCUCAGGUUUCUUUUGGCCUAGAUCACAGGUCAGCAACCUUUCAGAAGUGGUGUGCCGAGUCUUCAUUUAUUCACUCUAAUUUAAGGUUUCACGUGCCAGUAAUACAUUUUAAUGUUUUUAGAAGGUCUCUUUCUAUAAGUCUAUAAUAUAUAACUAAACUAUUGUUGUAUGUAAAGUAAAUAAGGCUUUUAAAAUGUUUAAGAAGCUUCAUUUAAAAUUAAAUUAAAAUGCAGAACCCUCCCCAGACCGGUGGCCAGGACCCGGGCAGCGGGAGUGCCACUGAAAAUCAUCUUGUGUGCCGCCUUCGGCACGCGUGCCAUAGGUUGCCUACCCCUGGCCUAGAUGCAUGGAGGACCUGGAGCAUCUUUUCUCCUCUGGAGAUAGUAGGGGUAUGGUUGCCAGUGUGUAAGGAAUUUGCCAGGGCAGUUCUCCAUAUUAGUCCCCAGAGGGUCCUAUAUGUGAUCUGGUGAAUUUUAGAUUAUUUCUUAGAAGGGUGAGAGAGAAAAGGCAAAUUACAGUAACCCGAAGGCAGAUAACAUCACCUGGCAGCACUCAGAGUCCUGUCUAAUUUGAAAAAGUGUCCCUUAAACAAAGUUGUGUGUCUUUCUCCACUCCAUUUCCCACAGCUUCCCACUCUGUUUUACUUCAUGGGAGGAGGUGCAGGGGAUAGACACCUGAUUCUGCUAGCUGAGGUCAUGAUCGCCUCUUCAGGCCUCCUUUCUGCUAGUGCCCUGGCUCUACGAAGUUUAGUUGAUUCACAAGUCCCAAAUAUCCCUUUUUUCACUGAACAUGAAGAGUCCCUUCCCUUUUUCUCCAGGGACUAGAAAGCAGGUUAUGAAGGGGGAGAGGGGCUCCUGCUUCUCUUGAUCUGGAGGGCAGUUCUCUUGAGGAAGGGACUGUGGAGGACAAAGAUAGCAGCUGCUGCUGCCCAUGGUGUCUGACAUACCUCCUC